CCCCCCUGAAUAUUAAGGUACCUAACCAUAUGACUCCUCAUUCCUCACAGAGCCAGAAAGGCGCAAACAAAAACGCAAUUACAUCGCUGUCACACCGUCUGUCUACUAAGGCCAACGGCGGUGUCUUCUACUACCAAGAAGCACAUCAGAGCUUCAAGAAGAAAAUCUAUCCCAGGUCGUGCAGGCCAUUCGACUCGACAUUUGACGAUUCCAACCAAACACGCGCAAAAUCGACCGUGCUAGCAAUUCAACAAUGCGUGUGAAAGUGAAACAGAACAAACCCAUCGAUAUUGACGGCCGGACGGGCGAAGGCGGUGGCCAGCUCGUCCGGGUAGCAAUCGCGCUGUCCGCUGUAACUGGCCAGCCGGUGAGGAUCACCAACAUCCGGGGAAACCGGCCCAGGGGCGGAGGCCUCAAAUCGCAGCAUGCAACAGCAAUCGAGUACCUCUCCUCCGCCACCUCCGCGACUACAUCCGGCCUUUCCGUCGGUAGCAAGACCCUAACAUUCCACCCGUCCACAUCGCCGUCCCCAAUCCUUGCUGCGAGUCGCUACAUCUCCAUCGCCGCCGACUCCCCUAGCGCAAGCGCCCUGCUCAUCUUCCAAGCUGUCCUACCGUAUCUCAUCUUCCGUGGCUCGGUUUCCUUCGAUAACGACACCGACAGGGAAGCGAAGGAAGAAAGAGAGGACGGGGCGGGGCCCAAGGCAGAGCAGGAACCAAUCACCCUGACCAUCUCCGGCGGUAGCAACGUCAGCUUCGCCCCAUCAUGGGAAUACGCAGACCAAGUCCUGUUACCGGCUCUCCGGUCCCGCUUCGGCCUACAAAUCGAGGGCCAAUUGCUCCGUCGCGGCUGGUCCCUCGGCCCCAAGAGCCAAGGCGCCGUGCGUUUCCGCAUCGUGCCCUUGCAGAGGGGACAGUCCCUACAACCCCGCCACGACGCCACCUCCCUCGCCGCAAAAGUAUUCACAGCCGCUGAUGAUGACCCAGUGAUUACGCGCGUUGACGUCUCUGUCAUCACGCCGGCGUACACGCACGACGAAUUCACGCUCCACCUGACCGACCAACUCGGUGCCCGGUUCCCCGGCGCGGAUGUCGAGUUCAAGGUCCUCGAGGACUCGGGCGAUGGUGCUAGGGUUUACGUCCUCCUAGUGGCGCGGUCGCGGCCGGUUCGCGACGGAGACGAAGACGUGGACCUGCGCUGGGGGCGUGAUGUGCUCACUUCGAUACCCAAAAAGGGCGGGAAGGCCGCGGCUCAGAAGUUUUCGUCGCUGCUGGUACGUAAGCUCGUGGCUCAGCUCGGGGAGGAGGUGGACAAGCGAUGCGUGUGUGACCAGUAUCUGGAGGACCAGCUCGUCGUUUUCCAGGCAUUGGCGCAGGGAACCACGAGCUGUCCCCGCUUCGACGCCCCCGAGGAGGAUGUAGAUGGUACUGAGGAUAACGGGGUGAAACGCGUGACUCGUUCCAUGGAGGGUCUGGGUCUUGAAAAUGAACGGUUGCGGAAGGACAAGACCCACGACCCGUUUGGACUGGGGACCUUGCACUCGCAGACGGCACGAUGGGUGGCUUCCGAGAUGCUGCCAGGGGUGGAAUGGUACAAUAAGGGUACGAUUUGCAAGGCCAUCGGUUUGAGUGCAGGGGGAAUGAACUCCAUGAACCUGGACUCCUGGGCCGUUCCACCCUGAGUUAAGAUUAAGCAGCUUCGAACAGAGUCGAGAGAUAGAUACCUACAUGCAAGCAAUGCACACAUUGCAUAACGCCGCAGACAAUGCACACCUUAAUUUCUCGGGCUUGCUUCUUCCCCUGCUUCUUCCCC